AGAUUGGACCGCGGCGCGUGUGGGAGGGCACCGCCGAUCACAACAAAGACACGCGUCCGCAUGCGAACCAGAGCGAGGUGAACCGCCCGGUCGGGGUUGAGGGAGAUGGACCGGUCCUCCUCGUGCUGCUGCCGGACCCGCGGCGGUCGGCACCGGCACCGAGCCCGGGCCGCGGCGCCCACGUCCCGCGCGCUGCUCUUCCUCUUCGUCUCGCUCCUCGUGCUCGUCCUCGUCGUUGACGAUCUCGCGCGAGUGGAGCGAGAACAAGGAGAAGCCUCACGUAGCGGGCAGGCGAAGAUGAGGCGGCUCUUCCCCGAAGCACGCAGGUCUGCAACGGAAUCGCCCAUCGCCGCGUCCGCACCUGCUCAUAGACAACAUGCGAUGGGAUUUGCGCACGCCGGGCUGACGGGAUGGAAUCCGGUCGCCGCUGGGACGGGAUUGAAGACGGCGGAACGCGCGGAAAGCACUUCGUCGCCCACACGGGCCGAAAUAAAUCAGCUCCGCCCAGGCUUCAAUAACAGCGCCGCGAUCCGAUCAUCCAACUGGACCUUCAACAAGACCCUGUCCAAGCUCAUCAGGAAGAACAUCCUAAGAUUUCUGGACCCGGAGCGAGACAUCUCCAUCCUGAAGGGCUCGCUGAGACCCGGAGAUGUCGUCCACUACGUCUUCGACCGCCACAGCACCACCAACAUCUCGGAGAACCUCUACCGUCUUUUGCCGAGCGCGUCGCCCAUGAAGAACCAGCACCAUCGGCUGUGCGCCAUCGUGGGGAACUCGGGGAUCCUCCUCAACAGCGGCUGCGGACCCCAGAUCGACUCCCAUGACUUCGUCAUCAGGUGCAACCUGGCGCCGGUGGAGGAAUACGCCGCCGACGUGGGCCAUCGCACCAACUUGGUGACCAUGAACCCAUCCGUGGUGCAGCGAGCGUUCCAGGACCUCGCCGACGACGAGUGGCGGCUCCGCUUCGUGCGCCGGCUCCGGGACCUCGGCGGCAGCGUGCUGUGGAUCCCGGCCUUCAUGGCCAAAGGGGGGGAGGAGCGCGUGGAGUGGGCCCUGCGCCUCAUCCUGCAGCACACCGCGGACGUGCGCACCGCCUUCCCCUCGCUGCGACUGCUGCACGCCGUCAGAGGGUACUGGCUGACCAACAAGGUCCACAUCAAGCGGCCGACCACGGGGCUCCUCAUGUACACCUUGGCCACCCGCUUCUGCGAGGAGAUCCACCUGUACGGCUUCUGGCCUUUCCCCCGCGACGCGGAGGGCAAAGCCGUCAAGUACCACUACUACGACACGCUCAGAUACGAGUACACCUCCAGCUCCAGCCCGCACGCCAUGCCGCUGGAGUUUCGGACGCUCAGCGCUUUGCACCGACAGGGGGCGCUGCGGCUCCACACCGGGAGCUGCGACGCUGGCGCGGAAGCGCCGAAGGAGAGCCAAAACAACUAGCCAUGGAAACACUUCCUGGUACGAGCAGGUGGACGACUUUGAUAGCAAUUUUGCUCGUCAACCACUUUUAUGUAAGUGCGGCGUCUAUCCUGAGCUCUUUUUGCUGUUAAACCUAAAAGGCAGUUGUUGACUAAAACUGCGCUAUAAGUCAUAAAUCCCUGAACAGUUCUCAAUCGUUUUUUACCAUGUAGGUGCUAAAAAAAAAAAAAAAAAAGAAAAAAAAAUUCAAAAUAACACCGUCACCAUCACCACCAAAAAUAGUAUUUUAAUCCUUCAUCAAAAAAAAAAACAGACGUUUAAUCCCAAAAAAUGUAGUGUACAAUGUAGCAUUUUGCAGUUUAUUAAUGUUAACACUGUGCUUGAAUAUAGGGAAAUAAACGAUUUAAUUCAAAUGGAUUACACAUAAAUUAAACUCAAGACACGCAAGUGAGAAACUCAGUAUCCAUCCAUCCAUUUUAUUUGACGCUUAUCCUCACGAGGAUACGGGGUACGCCCUGAACUGGUUGCCAGCCAAUCACAGGGCGCAUGGAGACAAACAGACGGAAUUUAGAGUGUCCAAUUAAUGUUGCAUAUUUUUGGGAUGUGGGAGGAAACCCACGCACCCACGGGGAGAACAUGCAAACUCCACACAGGCGGGUCCGGGAUUGAACCCGGGACCUCAGAACUGCAAGGCCAACGCUUUACCAGCUGAGACGCUGUGCCGCAGAAACUCAGUAUUUGUGUGAAAAACACUUGCAGGCCAUAAAUAUAAAAUAAUCCAAUAGAAAGAAUGGCGGUAAAUAUAUUAUUAUUUAAACAUUAUUGCGUGCUGUUUGUAACCUCGAUGAAUCGGUUUACCCUUGGUCAAUCAUAAACCGAGAACUCCGUCCCAAUCUAUGUUUAGAACAGACUUCAAACCGUUUACUCCACAAGAUGGAAGCAGUAAAACCCCGAUUCAAAUCUUGCCUUUUUUUUUCUCUUAAUAAGAAUAAUCUUUUCAAAACAGUUCCCCACUUUCACAGCUUUGUGGGUGACCCAAAAACGUCGACGGGAUCCCUUUGACCUUUGACCCUGGGGGACCCAAAUGAAGAAAAGGGAGGACGCAGUCCUAUGCGGCGCCUCCGUGAGAAACGAAUGAGGUUGGAGCAGCUGUCCACACAGUCUUGUGUCCACAGAAUCGGGAACUCCACCUCUGAGAAUCGAAUGUUCAACAUGAAUGUACAAGGUAGUGUAGAAUCUUAGAAUGGAGUCGCCGUACGUGCUUGAACUUAAAGAAAAACAGUCAGAUGAUGACGCAAGGCUUACGUGAGGAAUUCCGGGCUUGACGUCUAUUAAUGUUGAUAUUGUGUAUGCUAGUUUAGCGAGUAAACAUGAGCAAUAACAUACCUAGGACACGGGAAAUAAAAUAGUACCAAAAAAGGUGAAAAAUAUACAUCAGGGCAAAUUUUGGAAUGGAAAAAAAUACAUACAUUUUCUCAAAAUAGCAUUGCAAUAUUACAAAAUCGUACUUUUACGAUAGUCGUAAUAGCAGCAAAAUAUAAUGUGAGCACAAAGUGGUAUCUAAAAACCCCCAAAAAAUUGGACUGCACAUUUUCAAUUAAGUUUUAAUAUCAGCAUUGUAGUCUUUUUAAAAAAAAAAAGUUAUUUCAUUCAUUUCAUGAUCAAAAAGUUCAAAAGUAAGUUUUAAAUUAAGCCGGAAUGAGUAAAAAAAAAAAUAUCCGAUUACAAGUAACUACCUAAAGCAGUAAAUCUAAUACGUUGGAGGGUAAAAAAAAAAAAAAUCUUAAUUCUACAACAAUAGUGUUGGAAAAUGAAAGGACAUGACAAUAAAGCCCGAAUAUUACAAAAAGUUCCAAUUCUAUGACGGUAAUGUUUCAGCGAUUAAUGUGGUAUGGUGUAAAGUAGUAAUCUGAUAAGAACUGUAAGUGUCAUAAUUUUACAAUACCUGUCACAAGUUAUCAGUGCGGUCCCAUUACUACUAUGGAAGUGCAGUACCUUUAGAGGUUUUUUUUUUUUUUUAUCUGUUUUUAGACAUAAAGGAUGUGCUUGUGAUUUUCAAAUAUUUGAAUUGCAGACCGUAAUUUCCGUGCUAUAAACCGCACUUGAUUAUAAGCCUCACCCAGUACAUUUUUAAAGGAAAACAUUUUUGUACAAACAUAAGGUGCACCUGUCUAUAAGCAGCAUGUGCCCACAUUGAAACAUGAGAUAUUUACAAAGACGGUACACAGAAAAUUUUCAACGUUUUAAUAUUAUACCUUCACUAAGACGCGGCAGUAACACAGCAGCAACAUGCUAGCACAGCGCUAACAGGGCCGGUUUAAAAAAAAAAACAUACUGGUAAAAAUCAUUGAGAUGCGGCAGUAACACAGCAGAAUCACGCUAGCACAGUACUAACGCUAGCAGAGCACUAACAGGGCCGGUUAAAAAAAAAAAAAAAAAAAAUAUAUAUAUAUAUAUAUAUAUAUACUGGUAAAAAUCACUGAGAUGCGGCAGUAACACAGCAGCAUAGUGCUAGCAAAGCACUAACGCAGGCACAGCGAUUACAGGGCUGGUUAAAAAAAAAAAAAAAAAAAACAUACCGGUAAAACCCACUUCCUCGGCACAUAUAUUCCACCUGUCUCACUCUCACCGUCUGGCAGUUAGGAAAAAAAAUGCAUAAAUUAGCCGCAUCGUUGUAUAAAUCGCAGGGUUGAAAGCGUGUGACAAAAGUCGCGGUUUAUAGUCCGGAAAUUACGGUACAUGAAACUUAACACACUGAGGAAAGAUAAUGUGAAUGUGCGAGUAAUCAAAUAUUUAAACGUAUGUAACUGAGUUGUAAAGUAAACUGUACAUACAGUAUCUAUUAUUUUAAUGUUAAAGAAAGCACCUUUUUUGUCACUAGACUAGAUUUUUGGGUUGCCUUUUGUCCCACUCAAGGUGUCAUCAAAUGCUCACGCAUCCCCGAAUGUACAGUACUGCGUUCAACAUGCAGUACGUCGUGCUUUGCAGCCACGUUACGUGUACAAAGGAGUCGUUGUUGUUGACGCGGGAUGCCCCUCGCGGUGCUAACAAUUAAGAAAAAUGCGCGGCGGACGUCAGCAGUCUGGAGGGUGCAGCGAACGGCACGCAACUCGUGGAAAACACAUUCUAGAUUCUGCUAAAUUUGGUAGCAUUAGCGAGCUUCCGCUUUUUUUCUUUUUCUUCCUCUUCACUACUACUAUUUAUGUCUUGUCAAUUCCUGCUAAACAAUAUUAACCUUUGCAUGCCUUUUUGCUAUUCAACAACUGCUGUAUUUGUAUUUUCUGAAUCGGAAUUCAACUCAAGGACAUUUCAAGUGUUCAGUUAUGACAACAUGAAUGUAUUUUUGGCAUGCAAAAAAAACAAACAAACAAACAAAAAAAAAAAGGCAAUCGACAGUUCAAAGUGUUUUUAUUUCACAGACAUGGAAACAGAGGAGGCCCUUGUGGCGCCGCUUCAAAUCCUCUUCUGGAACGCGAAGGCCUUUUAAACUCCGUUAACAGGCUUCAUUGAAUUUGCCACGCUCGUCGAAAAGAACACGUCAUAACCGAUUGUUAUACAAGAAGGUUUGCUGUACGCAGAGUCAAAUGGAAUCCUACUAUAGAGCUCGCGCACGUGACGUCGCCGUUUUUAUGGCGCCAUAUUGCAGGUCAAACGGAGCUGCUCGACAUUGAACCGGAGGAGAAUAUUUACAAUACCCGAGAACUGUCGUGCUGUUGGUUGUCACAACAAACGAGAGAAGAUAUUUAAAGAGAUCAUUCUAUGGAAUACCAGCUGAAAAGACCAGAAAAUAUUGAUGGACUUCCGCAAUUAAACGUGAUGGAUGCUGCCCAACCAAAAUACACACACCCCUGUUUAGCGAUCGCUUCAUUUCAGGUAGGAAUUAUUCUUCUUAAUCUCAAAUUACCAAAAAGUAUUUAUAAUGCCAAAUUGGCUCAUUUGAGAACAAUGCGUGUUUAAAAAAAAAAAAAAGAGAGAGAGAGGUUUACGGAGGUGUGCGUGUGGCCGCAGUACGCUUCCGUGUACGGAGGAGCCGACUCCCUGUGCUAAAUUUUUUUCCCCAAUCAUAGUUAAUGGUCAUUUGUUUAAAUAUUGGCAUUUUGUAUUGAUUACUAGCUAAAAAGAUCGAUGGAUUCCAGCAAAGGUUAACGUGUGGCCGAACACACUUCCGCGUUCACGAGCUGUCAAAACCGUCACUAUGAUGAGAACAGAUCCAGGAACAAAGUAUUCGUAUGCGUCCAGACUUUUCUACGCUACAUCGACUUCGGCAUCAAAUACGGGUCCUCUAUGCCUAAUUUUUUCACCUUCUAAAUGUCUAACGGUAUCGGACAAGACUCUGGGCGUCGUGCUACAAGACAUAUUUUCGCGUCGUCUCCAACCGACUUAGCAUUGAGCAAUGCUUAGCUUGACCGGCAAUAUGGCGACGUAAACGAAAGUCACGUGAUUUUAUGACGAAGGCGCACGAGCUCUAAACAUUCACUGGAUGAACAAUUUUUGGUUUUCUCCCAGCGUGACAUCGUUGGGCAAAACCACUUUACAUGCGCUGCACAUUCCAGGUAUCGAUUCGACCGCGAGGCAAUACUGGAAUGAAUAGUGGUUGUGUAUUUAAAAAAAGAAAAAAAAAAAAAUCAAUAAUAAACAAUCCAAAACAUGAUUUGUCAGACAUUCAACCUUUGUACUUCUGUUUGUAUGUUCAAAAACGCGACACAAAAUGUCCACUGAUGUGAUGAUGCAUUCGAAAUUUGAUCAAAGAAACAACUUCAUAGAAUAGACAUGCUUUGCCAUCAAAUAAAGAUCAGUUAUUAAAAUGAUGUUUUCAGAGCCGACGCAGUGGUGGACGUGUGACUCUUUGUACUUCAAACAAAGCGGCUUUUUUCAAAUGUAUUUAUUCAAUUAUAAUCACUUAUUGAAACAUUUUAGGGAAUAUACAUUCACUAAACUGAAGCAAAUAUCAAAUUAGAAGGAAUUCACAUUUUUAAGCCUUCACUUUUGCUCUCACUCGCUUCUCUUACAGAUUAAGAAGAUAUUGUAAGCACAAUAGUAUUGCUUAAAUCAGAGGUGUCAAACUCAAGGCCCGGGGGGCCAGAUCCGGCCCGCCGCAUGAUUUUAUGUGGCCCGCGUGGGCAAAUCAUGUCCAUCAAAUUUCACAAUUUUUGUGAUAAUUUGUAACAAAAUUUCAAAUCGUCAUUUCAAUGAUAAAGUUGAGAUAUUGCAAGCGUUUUUCCAUUACCAAACAUGAACAGGAGUUGAAAAACCCAUUACGCAUGAUUUCUGAUUCAUAAUUAGUUCAUAAAUUAAAGAAAACAACCAAACUUGGUUCUAACUUUUCGGAUCACCGUGACCUGGAUGAAUAAAAAAAUAAUAAUAAUAAUAA